AUAAAAAUGGCCAUUUGAAAAAAUAAGGCAAAAAGAAAAGGCAAAUUCCCUUCUCUUGACCUCCUCACAUUGAGACACAGACAUGGGUGGCCUGAAACUGCCACCACAAACUCUACACGGUAUCCAUGGCGGGAGGAGACCUUUCACUGCUCCAUCUUCAAAACCCGCCUUCACAAUUCAACCAAAUUACAGCUCUUCCAUUUCCACUGGUUUUACUACAAGAAAUGUUGCCCUUUUUUCACCCAGUAUAUUUCCUUGUGGAUAUUUCAUUUUGGAAGGAGCCAGGGAAAGGCGGUUUGGUGCAAGGAAUACACAAGCGUCAGUACAGCCGGUGACUGAGGAAUUGGUGGAGGAUAAGACUAAGGAAAACCCUGUAAGUGGGGAUGCUAUACGUCGUCGUUUCCUUGAGUUUUAUGCUGCCCGUAGCCAUAAGGUUCUUCCGAGUGCUUCUCUUGUGCCAGAUGAUCCCACUGUUCUUCUGACUAUCGCAGGAAUGCUUCAGUUCAAGCCUAUAUUCCUCGGGAAGGCUCCCAGACAAGUGCCUCGAGCUACAACUGCACAAAAGUGUAUUCGUACAAAUGAUGUGGAGAAUGUUGGCCGAACAACUCGACAUCAUACAUUCUUUGAGAUGCUUGGAAACUUCAGUUUUGGAGAUUACUUCAAGAAAGAAGCUAUUCAAUGGGCAUGGGAGCUUUCGACCAAGGAAUUUGGACUGCCAGCUGACAGGUUAUGGGUUAGUGUUUAUGAAGAUGACGAUGAAGCUUUUGAAAUAUGGCAUGAUGAGGUGGGUGUUCCUGUUGAACGUAUAAAGAGAAUGGGUGAAGAAGACAAUUUUUGGACCAGUGGUGCCACUGGACCUUGUGGUCCAUGCUCCGAGCUUUAUUAUGAUUUCCAUCCUGAAAGGGGAUAUAAGAAUACAGAUCUUGGAGAUGAUAGUAGGUUUAUAGAGUUCUACAACCUGGUUUUCAUGCAAUACAAUAAAAUGGAUGAUGGAUCACUUGAACCCUUAAAACAAAAGAAUAUAGAUACAGGUCUUGGCCUGGAGCGUUUGGCUCGCAUCCUUCAAAAGGUUCCAAACAAUUAUGAGACUGACUUGAUUUAUCCAAUUAUAGAGAAGGCCGCAGAAUUGGCAAAUAUAUCAUAUGCUCUAGCCGAUGAUCGAACAAAAAUGAACCUUAAAAUUAUAGGAGAUCAUUUGCGUGCAAUUGUAUAUCUUAUAUCAGAUGGAGUGCUCCCAUCAAAUAUUGGUAGAGGCUAUGUGGUUCGUCGGCUUAUCAGAAGAGCUGUUCGUACUGGCAGAUUGCUUGGUGUAAAGGGGGGUGGAGAGGAUGGAGCGUUUUUACCAGCCAUUGCAGAAAAAGUAAUAGAAUUGAGCCCCCAUAUUGAUCCAGAUGUAAAGGCUAGAGGACAUAGCAUUCUUGAUGAGUUGCAAAGGGAGGAACUUCGUUUUGUGCAGACAUUAGAGAGAGGAGAAAAGCUGCUUGACCAAAUGCUUGCAGAAGCACUAUUAAAUGCUCAAAAAAGUGAAACCUUACCUUGCUUAUCUGGGAAAGAUGUAUUUCUACUGUAUGACACUUUUGGGUUUCCAGUGGAGAUAACCACAGAAGUUGCUGAAGAACGAGGUGUCAAGAUAGAUAUGGAUGGUUUUGAAGUUGAGAUGGAAAACCAAAGGCGUCAAUCUCAGGCUGCACACAAUGUUGUUAAACUUGCAGUUGAAAAUGGAGGGGAUCUUGCUGAAAAUGUUCAUGAUACUGAAUUUCUAGGAUAUGACACACUUUCUGCAAGAGCAGUAGUUGAAAGCCUCAUGUUAAAUGGGAAAUCAGUGAUACAGGUUUCUGAAGGAAGUGAAGUAGAAGUUUUGCUGAACAAGACACCAUUUUAUGCUGAAUCUGGUGGUCAGAUUGGGGACCAUGGAUUUCUAUAUGUUACACAAGAUCAAAGCAAACAGACAGCUGUUGUGGAAAUUAAAGAUGUUCAAAAAUCUCUAGGUAGUGUAUUUGUUCAUAAGGGUACUAUUAGAGAAGGAGUUCUAGAAGUUGGAAGAGAAGUGGAAGCUGCAGUGGAUGCAAAAUUGAGGCAGCGGGCUAAGGUUCACCAUACUGCUACUCAUUUGCUACAAUCUGCACUCAAGAAAGUUAUUGGCCAAGAAACAUCACAAGCUGGUUCACUGGUUGCUUUUGAUCGUCUCAGAUUUGAUUUCAACUUCCAUCGACCACUUCAUGACAGUGAACUGGAGGAAAUUGAAAACUUGAUAAAUGGAUGGAUUGGGGAUGGAACACUUCUUCAGACUAAGGUGAUGUCACUUACUGAUGCAAAAGAAGCUGGGGCCAUUGCAAUGUUUGGAGAAAAGUAUGGGGAGCAGGUGAGAGUCGUAGAAGUUCCUGGUGUGUCCAUGGAACUUUGUGGUGGAACCCAUGUGAGCAACACUUCUGAAAUACGUGCCUUCAAGAUCAUAUCUGAACAGGGCAUUGCAUCUGGAAUCAGACGUAUAGAAGCUGUGGCUGGUGAAGCUUUCAUUGAAUACAUUAAUGCAAGAGAUUCCCAGAUGAAACUUUUAUGCUCCACUCUCAAAGUGAAAGCAGAAGUGGUGACAACGAGGGUGGAUAAUCUCUUAGAGGAGUUAAGGACGGUAAGAAAUGAAGUUUCUGCUUUGCGUGCAAAAGCUGCAGUGUACAAAGCAUCAAUGAUUGCUAGCAAGGCAUUCUCAGUGGGAACUUCGAAAACAAUCAGGGUACUAGUUGAGUCCAUGGAUGAUUUUGAUGCUGAUGCACUCAAGAGUGCAGCUGAAUAUCUAAUGGAUACACUGCAAGACCCAGCAGCUAUAAUUUUGGGCUCCUGUCCAGAUGAAGGUAAGGUGAGUUUGGUUGCCGCAUUCACUCCAGGAGUAGUUGAUAUAGGUAUUCAGGCAGGGAAAUUUAUAGGACCUAUAGCGAAGUUGUGUGGCGGAGGAGGUGGUGGCAGGCCUAAUUUUGCCCAGGCAGGAGGGAGGAAGCCUGAGAACUUGACAAAUGCCCUGGAAAAAGCUCGGACAGAUCUUAUUUUGAUUCUAACUGAGAAGGCAAACUGAAUAGCUCAUAUUCUCCUUUGUCCUUGGAAGUUUCCAUUGGGAAAUUCUUUCUUUUGUAUACUCCAUCUCAAUUGCUUGGUCACAACUGCUGGGCCAGGCAUACUUCCAUAUAUUAACACAAGCAAACAACAACGAAAUAGUUAGUGAAA